GUUGCAGUCAGAGCUACAAUCGCACAGAUAGGGUUGCUAAAGCCACUAAUUGGACUGUAAAGUUCAUGAGUCAUGGACUCUACCAUGUAAUCUGUUCAAUGUCUGGAACAUUGCCACUUGAUGAUGCCAACACCUGAGUUGUUUGGGUCACAUGUCUUGAGGUGUGAAUGCCUGUAAAACAGACGAGUCCGUAAAGGAACCUAUUAGUGCGAUUGCUCCUAAAUGAACCCGAUACUUUCAACCCAUGUUCAAAUCUGACAGAGCACUCUGCGGGAGAGAUAAAAUGUCUUUAGGAAUUGAGAGAAGUCCAUUUGGCUGCUCACCAGACAUAGACCUUUUAUAAGGAGGUCUAAAUCACUCGUUCCAUAAGCUUUUUGAAGGUCUUCCAAGUCUUUUCUUGAACUGUAGCUGCUUUUACCCUCAUUUUCUGUCCAGUACUUGUACCUGAAUGUUUAAGGGGAAUUCAUUAGAUUUUUUAAGCCCUCUGGCCUAACCAGUCUGCUUAAUUUGAACUAAGACGAGCCACCUAUGAAAACCAUUAACCAAAAAUAAAACAAGAGGAAAACAUGACCAAGCAUCACCAAGGGAAUCUCAAAAGAGCUAUUGGGAUCCUGUUUCACUAGUUUAAUGAUUUUUGUUUGUUUUUUUUUGCUUUGCCUGGUGACAUAAUCAGAGGUCAGAUACCAGAAUUAUGUCACAAAAUGUACUUAAAAUGUGAUUGAGCGUAGAAAGAUUCCUUUUAACAAUUCGUACCCAACUUCCUGUCUGUGGAGUUUUUCAAAAGGUGGAAAAAUGGGUCCAAUCUUUGUCAUUUGAAGUGGCUUUUUUUGUUUGAUUCUAAGAGCUGAUAACAGAUACUGCAAUAUCCCCCCUUAGAAGGAAUAUUCAGGUGAAUUGAGCAUAUUACAGUCCAAUUCACCCGAAAUGUUUUCCGCUAUGCGCCUCUCUGCUUUGCCGAACGUCCCGCCAUAGAAUUCCACGUGGGAAUCACAUGAAAUCCCUCAGCGCAAAUUGGAGUGUCCGAUAUAGAAAGCAGAAACAGGAGGUUAGGGCACAAAUGAGAAAGCACGAGGACGUUGGUUAUUAGAUUAUAGGUUAGUUUGUAAGGUACCAAGAAGACAACACGAGUCCUGUCCUGACAAAGACAGAAAAAAAAACAGAAACUGGAUCAGAUUUGGAAGAUGAAGUCAAACGCGUCCUUGAACUGGAGUCAGAUUCACAGCUUUGGUGAAAGGAUUGUCUGUUUUUGUUUUCUGGGGGUGUGUAUAGCCGAGGGGGUCGAGGAGGAGACGAAGCACUGAGUUGUUGUUCUGGUCUCCAUGACGACACCCCACUACCACCUCCCUCCUUUGUCUUUUCUCACCCCUAGACUCCCAUUCAUCCCCAUUGUAGUAGCUGAGUUGUGUUGCCCUGAGAAACCACAGGGGACUCUUGGGAAUGUGGCGCCUGUGUGCGGACGUCAACUCGACAUUGCAAAGAGCAAGAAAAUAUUCAGCAUGUUGCAUGUUUUUAAUCAUUUCCUCUUUAGCUUUAAUGUAAAACUAGCAUGUUGUGGAUCUGUGCAAAUACUUGGCCUCCUCUUUGAUGCUUCCUGAAUGCUGGAGACUCGAGGCCUGGUAUGGAAGGUGGCGUAGUUGGCCUUUAUCAGGCUGAGAACACACUCUGGGCCAAUACGCUUAUGGAUUCUCAUGAAAAAGUCUCCCAUAAGACGGAAGAAUGGGCUCAGCUAUGUCCUGCGCUGCCGACAGUACACAGCCUUUCAACAGAGCGCACAGUGCCAACAUUUUAACAAUGCUGUCUCUCUUCUUUUCAUGGCUGCUUGGCCUCCAAGAUAGAUUCCCUCAGGAGUAAAGUGGACUUGUUGCGUCUUCCGUUGGUCCUUUCCACAAAGUCCAUCAGCAACCGCAAGAGCCAAUUGGGCGUGGUGUGGGAGAAAGGCGGCGGCUCGGGGACGGGAGUGGCACGGAAACUCCGCCCACCGCUGGCCUCCGACAUGGACAACGAGUCAAUGUAUUCGGGAUAUUCCUACAAGUCGUCCCACUCGCGUACCUCCCGCAAAAACAGGGAGAGAAGGGACCGGCAUCGCUUGAAGAAUCGGGAUGGCUCAAUCCGUGGAGAUAAGUCUGUGAUGAUCCAGGCCCCGGGCGAGCCGCUGCUGGAUCCUGAGUCCACCGUAGCAGACGACCGGGACGACAACUGGGGUGAGACCACCACCGUGGUCACCGGGACUUCUGUGGACAGUAUCUCCAAUGAAGAUCUGACUCGGAUCUCUAAGGACUUGGAGGACUCUUUGCCUCUCGACUGUCGCCGUUACAUCAGCCCCGUUCUAGGAGCCAUUUUGGGGCUCAUUUCUGUAAUCACUCCCUUGGCUUUCCUCGCCCUUCCACAGCUCCUUUGGCGGGACACAUUGGACCCUUGUGGAACGCCAUGUGAGGGCCUUUACAUCUCUCUGGCUUUCAAACUCCUGAUCCUCCUCAUCUCCACGUGGGCGUUGUUCCUCCGCCCAUCCAGGGCCACUCUGCCACGCUUCUUUGUCUUCCGCUGUCUGCUCCUGGCGCUGGUCUUUCUCUUCGUUGCGUCUUAUUGGCUCUUCUACGGCGUCCGGGUCCUGGAGCCCCACGAGACGGACUACAGGGGGAUCGUGGGAUAUGCCGCAUCUCUGGUGGAUGCACUGCUGUUCAUUCAGUAUCUGGCUCUGGUUCUGCUGGAGGUCCGACACCUGCGGCCCGCUUUCUGUCUGAAGGUGGUCAGGACCGCUGAUGGAGUCAGUCGGUUCUACAACGUGGGGCAUCUUAGCAUCCAGAGGGCAGGAGUGUGGGUUCUGGACCAGUACUACAGCGACUUCCCAGUCUAUAACCCAGCAUUGCUUAACCUCCCCAAGUCCAUCCUUACCAAGAAGAUGUCCUCCUUCAAAGUCUACAACCUGGAAGAAGAGAACACCAACAACUCCACAGGCCAGUCCAGAGCCAUGAUAGCAGCCGCCGCUCGGAGAAGAGACAACUCCCAUAACGAGUACUACUACGAGGAGGCAGAGGUGGAGAGGAGGCUCCGCAAACGCAGGGCCAGGCUGGUAGUGGCAGUAGAAGAAGCCUUCACCCACAUCAAGCGUCACCAGGAUGACGACACGCCCACAUCGUCUCCCAAACACCCACGGGAGGUGAUGGACCCCAGGGAGGCCGCCCAGGCUAUCUUCGCCCCCAUGGCCCGGGCCAUGCAGAAGUACCUGCGGGCCACCAGGCAGCAGUCCUAUCACACCAUGGAGAGCAUCAUCAACCAUCUGCAGUUCUGCAUCACGCACAACAUGACACCUAAGGCCUUCUUAGAGCGCUACCUCAGCCCUGGUCCCACCCUCCAGUAUCUGGACAACAACAGGGGGCGCCAGUGGACACUAGUGAGCGAGGAGGCGGUGACGGCCUCCUUGCGCCAAGGCCAGGUCUUCUGUCUGAAGCGCCUCGACUUCGCCUUGGUCGUCAAGGUGAUGCCCCUCCCUUUCCUGCGCCUAGCCGAGGAGUUUAUCGACCCAAAAAGUCACAAGUUUGUCAUGAAGCUCCAGUCAGAGACGUCUGUGUAGCAGAACGGAUGCAGCUGGACAGAAGGAAAGGGGAAGUUGAAAGAUACUUCUUAUCGAGGGCAUGGUUUUUGUUUUAUAUACCUUGUAGUAUUACAGUGUUAUUUUACAUGGUUUUUUAUUAUUAUUAUUUGUCCAAAUACAAAGCCAUAAAACAUACGGCCAUGAUAAAGAAAGAUGAAGUCGUAGUCCUUUAUAUUAGUUUAAAGAAAGAAAGAUAUAGACACUUCUCUAUCUGACUGCUGCGGGGGAAGUAUCAGUCUAACACUUCGUUCUUCUCUAAACAAAUGUCAUACACAACAACAUGUAUUCUUUAGGCUUUGCUCCAGAUCCAGCCGUGCUUUUUGCUUUUCUCUUGUUUUUUAUUUAACAUGACCCUUCGUACCACCACAGCACUCUGCUAAAAAAUCUUUUAUUUUUACCAGAGUAUUAGGCUUUUAGAUAAGACUAUUUUGCUGAACAAAUCUUGGUUUCUAUUUCUUCAGUAGUUGUUUUUUUAGUACAACUCAAAUUGUAACCUUAUAAAGCAGAAUCAAGUGAAAUGAUAUUUUAACCUUUCCUGAGUCUUAUAACAAAAUGAUACGAUCCGAAACCAAAAACAACUGAAUUAUUUUUAGACUGCGGUAGAAGGUUCUGCUUCCUUGAAAUGGCAGACGAAGAUAAAAAAAUACUUCGCUUUUACAGGGAAGUGUAUCAACUGUCUUUCUCGUGACAGACAAGAGGAACAAUUUUGAUGUGAAAAAUGUAUUAAUUGCUUUGUUUGGAACGUGGUUUUUGUUCAUAGAAAGGUAGUGGCUUCCAGUGAGUAAUAACACACUCUGUCAUUUUUUUCCCCACAUUGUACGCUAUGUAUACCACGGCUGCAUCUACAAGCUCCCAUGUGAAACUUUUCUUUUUUUAAGGAAUGUUGCAGCUUUACUUGGACAUGAGGGUACAAAAAUUCUGGACUCCGUCUUUUAAAGGGCUUUGGUUAAUGGUACAGAUUUGUUUUUGUGUGUGUGGAGUAUGCUGCAUAAGACAGCAGUCACAAGCCACAAGAAUUACCGUGUAUAGAAAUCAGCUGAUGGAACUUAACCUGACAGUGAAGCUGUCUCUGUUUGGAAAAUGUGGAUUUAGAGUUCACGGUACGCUGAGUAGUUUGUUUAUUUACUGGCACAUAGGAACUUUUCUCGAAUUUUCUACACCGACUGUUGUUACCUGAAGAUAAUACUUGCAAGUAUUCCACACAAAUAUGUUUUUAAAAAGUACAUUUUAGUGAUAAGCCAAGUGUGUCAUGUCAGAGGAAAGUCCCUUCAAAGACACAAGCUUAUGUGCACAUGCCUGGUUAACCAUCUCUGCCAACCACAAUCUCUGUUGGGUUCGCUUGAUCAUGCCGUGAUUUGAUGUCUUUUUGUUUAGUGCAACACAUAUUUUGGAGAGCUAAACCUCUGAGAAAUGCCCAAAAUGUACUUUGAAGUUGCCUUUUGUUUUUUUACACAUUUUGCUAAAUGUAUGCUAAACAGAGGCAUGUUGGCAUCCACUCGUGAACUCACCAACUACAUUCACUACAUUGUUAUACGGUACACUUCGUUACGCUUUGUUUGAUUUUUCUUUCUGAAGUUAACACGUAGAUCUGUGGAUCUCUGAAAGGUCAUGGACUGACUGAUCGUACUGCUGGUUGCAGUAUAAGACAAUAGUUUAUUUCUCUCUGUUUUGUGAACUCAAACACUAAAAGCCUUAACAAACACUUCAACGUACGUUAAUGUAGACCUCAAAGAAGAACCUCCUGCUCAUGCUGUUUUCUACUCAACUGAACCACUUGGAGAAAAUCUCUUUUUACUGGUCACUGCAGCUAAUUAGAGAAGACGAAAAUCACCAAAAACGAAAGGAUAAAAUGAAUUCUCACCAGAAUAUCUAGGCAGUUUUUUUUUUUUUAUCUUUGCUGUUCCAUGACAAACCAAUGGAACAGGGAAAAUGGCACAUCACCCCACCCUGUGAACGCAAGGAGUGCUUUAUAAAAAAAUUACAGAACUGUUGUCAGCGGUUACUUGUCGCCUGCUUCUCUUGCACGCAAAUGCCAUCACAGGGUAUGUCUGUGAAUUAUGCAAAUGGACUUAAAAAAGAAGAAAUGUUUCAGAACUAUAAUCUCAAAAUAUCGUUUUAAGUGUGAUGUUGAACUGCAAGAGCAUUUAUUAGGUCUGACUGGAUUCCCUAGUGAAUUAAACUACAUUCUGACUUGGAGAUAUGCUCUAGGGUUAAAAUUGAAUCCAAAGACACAAGCAGGGGUAUAAUUAGUACUGCAGUGGAAUAACUUUGAGUUGUUAAAAAAAAAAAUUCUUACAAAAAUUACGCAUUGAAACAAAAAUUUACAUUUUCAUUUUGACUUCCUCUCAAACUAGUUCUUCUCAAGCUAUUGAGAAAUAAUGACAAUCUUCCUCUACUAGAAGUUCAGGUAUGACGAAAGCAACUGGAGUGGGCUGAGAGAAGAGGAAGUGUGAUAUUGGUGCUAUUGGUUUCAUGACAACAGCAGUUUAAACUCAGCAUGUCAAGACUUCAGUAAUGCUACUUGCUUUCUUGUAUUACUGUUGGUAUUUGGAUAACAAAGCCAAGCUCUCUCAAAUUCAAAUAUGGAUUACAUGUAAAGUGCUUAAACCUUAUAAAAGCCUCUGAAAGGUUUGUUUUAAUAAGCUAACUGAUCAAUAAAUAGUUGACUCUGUGUUUUGUAGUCAGGAGUAAUAAGCUGUUGGAUAUUACCGGAGGCCACUGCAGGCCUCUCACACAUCUGUCCAUACAUUUAAAUAGUGAAAUAUGUGUACUUACAUUAUUCUACAUCUUGAAGGUGCAUAAUGCCGUCUGACUUCAACUUUUUUAGCCUCUUUUACAUCUGCUAAAAAUGCUAAUAUCUUCGAAGGACAUUGUUAUCAGAAACUAUUUUUUUGUACUCUUAUGCUUCCAGUUGAUGCCAACGCUUUAUAAUAAAUGAUCACAUUUUUAAAUGUCA